AUGUCUCUAACAUCAUUACCUAAUUUCACAGGUGAUGCCACACUGUGGUUUGCGCAGCUAGAGGCACAAUUUUGUGCACAUAAUGUUUCUUCUCAGCAGCAGUUGCAAAUCCUGUAUGGUUGUAUGCCUCCUCAACUUGCAACUACUGCCAGAGAUCUUAUCACAGAUCCUGGCCCAGACGCCACUUAUGCGUCUGUUAAAUUAGAAGUGGAGAAGAGGAACACUAGAAGCGAGGAAAGUCGCUUCAAUGAAUUAAUGGCGGAUGGGAAGUUGGGAGAUAGGACUCCUUCUGAAUUUUUGAGAAGACUAAGAGAGUUGAGCGGUAAAGCUGCAGACGCUCCUCUCCUUCCCAAAAAAUUUUUUUCAAGGUUGCCCGCCUAUAUACAAACUGUUUUGGCAACCGCUUUAGAGUCCAAUACCGUGGACCAUAUAGCAACAAUGGCAGAUAAAAUGGUUGAAUUUGCCGUUCAACCAUCGUCACGGUCUGCUUGUGUCUGCUCACAAGCUUCUUCAGCCUCAUUUGAGGGACUUUCUAAACAAAUAGAAAGUCUCACCAAAAGGAUGGACGCGAUGGCAAGCGAUGGGAAGCGAUUUUCAAGAUCGCGGAGUCGCAGCCGUUCAUCGUCACGUUCCACACAGUCAAAGUCCGGACUGUGUUGGUAUCACUCCAAUUUUGGAGAGAAAGCACAUAAGUGCAUACAGCCAUGCACCUAUAAACCUUUAAACUAG